GUUUGAGAUGGUAUUUCAGUUUUGUUCUUUGAAUUAUACAACUAUUGACUGUCCUGUACGACCCACUACGGCAGGGAAUGAUAAUCUGUCAUUGACCAACAACAUCAUCCAAGCUUUCAUCCAAGACAAUCACAUUUCUACCUAUAAUACAUAAUAGCUUGGAUAUUUACGUCUCGUAUCAUAUAAAUUAAUCCCACCAUGGCGGGUCUUCUGCGUCUCCUCCGGACACAAUUCACGCCACCAACCGACCCAACCGGCAUCUCAUUCGCAGGAAAGACCGUCAUCCUGACCGGGGCAACAGCCGGCUUGGGCUUCGAAGCAGCGUUGAAGCUCCUCAACCUAGGAGUCGAAUCGCUCAUAAUCAGUAGUCGCAAUGCAGACCGCGGUCAAGCAACCAAGACUGAGCUCGAGGCGCGCACCAACCGACCCGGCGCGGUCUCCGUCUGGGAGCUGGAGAUGGGCAGUUUCCAAAGCGUCAAGCGAUUCGCCAACCGCGUCGACAAAGAGAUCGACCGGCUGGACAUCGCCCUCCUAAAUGCCGGGCUCUUCAAUCGCGAAUACGCCACUUCCCCCGACGGAUGGGAGGAGACGUUGCAGGUUAACACGCUGUCCACGUCGCUUCUCGCGCUCUUACUACUCCCCAAACUACGGGCCGGAUCGACUGGGUCAGACCCGGCGCAUCUCACCGUGGUGUCCAGUCAGCAGUUCGUGCGAGUUCAGGCGAAGAGCCUCCGGACGUCAGGCCCCCUGUUGGAGCACCUGAAUGACCCGAGGAACUUUGCUGGUCCCGCGCAGUACGGUAUCUCGAAGCUCCUGCUGGAGUAUGUGCUCAAGACUGUCGCGGGCAAGAUCCGGCAGGACGACGGCAGCGUCCCUGUUAUUAUCAACACCGUGAGCCCGGGUUUUUGCGCCUCGUCUCUCGGGCGUCAGUUCGAUCGGUUUUACGAGCGAUGGGUCACCUGGGUGGUCUACAAGCUCUUUGCACGCACUGCCGAGCAGGGGAGUCGGUCGCUGGUGAGUGGAACGUACCAGGGGGUCGAGGCGCAUGGGAAAUGCUGGCGGAGUGAUGGCUAUUUGGAUGAAUCGACAGCUCUGACAGUCGGUGAGGAGGGGAGGCAGUUCCAGGACAAGGCUUAUUCAGAGAUCCUGGCGGUGCUACAGGCGCAGUCGGCGGACGUAGAUCGAGGACUGUAACGUACGAGGAAGAUGGCGAUCGAGUAAUUAUUCCUAAACAAUGAACAGACAUAUACGCGUAAGACACGCCAGUUGGGGCGUCUGCCAGCCAGCUGGAACCAACUUGGGUAUAUCUUGGCGUUCCGGACAUGAACGAAGGCGGGCCCCACGAGAUCCGCAGGCGAGCAAGUCAAUCCAUCCACCGUCACCGGAAUUUCUCCUGAACUCCUGACGCUUUCUGUCCAUCACUUUGCCUACUCCCCCCCU